GUGGUGAAGUUGUUAGUUUUGGUUUUUGUCUAGAUCAGCGAUCUGCAUCAGUGCAAGUCAGCAAGUCAUCUUGUAAUUAAUUGAUACAUGAGUGUUGAGGCCAAUUUGUAGUUGUGGUUUAUUAAUUUAGCUUUUGUUAUUCAUUUUUUACACAUCCGAUUUAUAAAUUGUAUCAAUGGCAGUAUUAGUUGAAUCAAAGUCGUUUUCAUCGAAACCCGAUUGGUUCAUGGAAGCCGAAAGCACUGGUACCACUAUUAUGGCUGUGGAGUUUGACGGAGGAGUUGUUAUUGGCGCUGACUCCAGAGCUACCACUGGCACAUACGUCUGUAACCGUCUGGCAGACAAGCUGACUCCAGUCACAGAUUAUAUCUACUGCUGUCGAUCAGGGUCCAGUGCAGACACCCAGGCUAUCGCAGACAUCGUCUCCUACCAUAUGAACUUUUAUAGGGCCGAGACAGGAGAGGAGCCCUUGGUAGAGUCGGUGGCCAAUCUUUUCCGGGAAUUGUGCUACAACUACCGGGACCAACUCACUGCCGGGAUCCUGGUGGCGGGCUGGGAUAAACGGAAGGGCGGGCAGGUUUACGUUGUGCCUAUCGGAGGGAUGUGUGUUCGUCAGAAGUGCUCUAUCGGUGGAUCCGGUAGUACCUACAUCUACGGUUACGUAGACGCCAACUACCGUGAAGGUAUGAAUGUAGAUGAGGUCAAGCAGUUUGUUGUCAACGCUAUCAGCUUGGCCAUGCAGAGAGACGGCUCCAGUGGUGGUGUUGUGCGACUCGGAGUCAUCGCUAACGGCAACGACAUUCAGCGUUCCGUCUACUUCGGUGAUAAACUGCCAAACUUUGGCCUGGCUUCUUAGUUAUAUAUUUGUACACGUUUGAAUUAAAUAAACUUGAUUUUUUUCCCAAAUUA